ACAUCGAUGAGUGUGCCCUGGGGAUCUCCAAGUGUCAUGGCCACUCCGUCUGCAUCAACAUGCCCGGCUGGUACCACUGCGACUGUCUGGAGGGCUACCACUCCACCUGGCCUGACAAUCACUACGGCAGUCUGUGUCUGGAUAUAGAUGAGUGUCAGGAUGAAGGUGAAGGGCACACUUGCCACCCCAGCAUGCAGUGCGUCAACAAGGAAGGCGGGUACACUUGUCAGUGCCGAAAUACUGAGCCCUGUCAUUCGAGUUGUAUUUUCGAAGGCAGCGAACAUUCCGAUGGCAGUAAAUGGACAUCACCCAUGGACGCCUGCAAAGACUGCCAGUGUAAGGCCGGGCGAACGACAUGCCAUCAGAUAGCAUGCAACUGUUCAAAUCCCAAAGUGGAUCUGAAGUGUUGUCCAAGCUGUGACUCGGGGAGCACCUGUGAGCAUCAAGAGUUUAAAACACGACAACAGAAUGGGGAUGCAUGGGUCUACCAGUGUCAACGAUGUGAAUGUUUACAUGGAGAAAUAGACUGCUGGCCAUUAUCUUGCCCCAAACUGACUUGCCAGAAUGCAAUUCAGCGACCUGGUGAAUGCUGCCCUGUUUGUGCUGAAUCAAACCCUUGUGUGUCCUUGACUUUGGAAACCGGUGGUCAAGAUCUCUCUCAGACCAAAUGUGCAUAUAUGGGCUCGUCUUUCUCCCAUGGAGAAGAAUGGCAGCUGGAGUCAGAUCGGUGCACUUUGUGUCAAUGCAAGGCUGGUCAUAUUUGCUGCACUUUCACCCAGACAUGUUCUACACCUUACAGUUUAAAAUAG